AAUGUGUUCUAUGGCUUGUUUACAAUUAUUUGUUUUGUUUUGUUGCGUGGGCUCUUUGGACUAAACGGUCUUAUUUUUAUUUAAAAAAUAAGAAUUUAAGUGUAAAAAUGGAUUUGUUAAUUGCCUUGUCCUUACGAAACUUAAGUUUGUAGAUUCUAUAUCUUUAAUAUGUAUAAUACCUUCAUUGAUUAAUUUUAAGCAUUACAGUAAUUGACACUAGAAAGCAAGAUAUUUUUAAAUUUUAAACAUGAAGACACUAAAUAAUGUACGAAAUUCAAAUCACAAAGUAACAGAUUAUUUUACUGUAAGAAAAUCAGUUAGGAAGACAAAAAAGCAGAUGUUAAGGGAAAAACAAAAACAAUUAGAAUACAUGGUCAUCUGUGAAAUGGAGGAUGGAUUAGAAAGUCGUUAUACAGAAGGUAAGGGUAGGGGCGUUUUUGCAACUAAGGACUUUGAAAAAGGAUCCUUUGUGGUAGAAUAUAGUGGCGAUUUUAUAAGUUUAAUGGAAGCUAAUGAAAGAGAAGAUCAGUAUUCUCGUGACGAAGCGACAGGUUGUUAUAUGUAUUACUUCAAAUAUAAUGAUCAGACCUUUUGUAUCGACGCAACAAGAGAAUCGGGAAGAAUGGGUCGUCUAAUUAAUCACUCUAGAACAAGUAGCAAUCUUUAUACAAAGAUAAUAUUGGUUGAUGGAUUGCCUCGACUUAUACUCAUGGCAAAAGAAAAUAUUAAAAGAGGCCAAGAGCUACUUUAUGAUUAUGGAGACAGAAGCAGAGAAUCUCUCAAACACCAUCCAUGGCUCAAAUCUUAAUUAAACAGUCUGUUUUAUGAUUUUAUUUUAUACACUCACUCGGUAUUGUAAUGUAAAACUGAAUGAUUAGAAAUUAUUAUCUCAAUACAGAAAUCUACAAAUAUUUUUA